GUCCUACGUAGGAAAGAUGGCGGCGGCGCAAGUGGCGGCUUCCUUGCAGAGCGGGCCGGCGCCAGAGGCGCAGCGGGAGCCACCCCUCGAGCAGGGCCGUGGGUUCCGCUGCUUGUCAGCCAGGCUGUGCGCCCUGCGCCCGGAUGACAGCAGCUCCAGCCGCACCGAGAUCCACCUGCUCUUCGACCAGCUCAUUUCCGAGAACUACAGCGACGGCAGCGGCGUGGCCCCGGAGGACGUCAGUACUCUUCUUGUCCAAGCUUGCCAACUGGUGCCUCUUAAUCAGAAUCAUCUUGUCAGCAAAUUGUCUCAGCUUAUCCACCAUUUACUUAACACACUACAGGUGAUUGUCGAUGAACAGAACCUGGAUUUCCUGUUGGCAUAUACUAUUUCUGCUAUUCAGCAGUGCAGUUCCUGGACACACAUGCAGAUUCUCCAAGCCUUGGCAGCCCUGGUUUACUGCAAUGGCUCAAAGUGUCAAAAGUACCUCCCAGACUUGCUUGGCAAGAGCGGACUCUUGAUGAAGCUGAGUGACUUGGCUCAGUCGGACCCUGAAGUUAGGAGAGCUGCAGUGCAUUGUAUGGCAAACUUAUGUCUCAGUGUGCCAGGACAGCCGUACUUGGAGGAGCCCUACCAAAAUAUCUGCUUCCAAGCUUUCUUGACCACUUUACAGUCUCCAAAAUCAUCUGAUAUGGAUGAUAUCACGUUUUGCAUGUUGUUACAAAAUGCAUUAAAAGGUAUACAGUCUCUUCUAAAUGGUGGGAAGAUGAAACUGACACAGACUGAUGAACUUGGAGCUCUUCUGGCUGUGCUAAAGAAAACCAUGUUCCAUGGACUCCCUGGACUGAACAUAGAGAUGCCCACGGUGUUGUACCCCACUCCACUUCCUCAGUAUGAUGGACGACCACCCAUCAAACCGCAACAGACAGAAUCCAGCACUACUCGACCAGCUGUGAAUAAAAGGAAAAAAUCAAAAGUAAAAGCGAAGAAAAUCCAGCAAGGAGAGGAGGAGGAGGAAGAAUCCAGUGGUGAAAGAGAAGUAGCCCCAGUCACUGGCUCAGGCAGACUGAACCCGCAUAAAGGGGACACUCAGUGCCCCUCCUCCCUGGGUGUUCCGAGUUUGCCAUUAGCUGGAAGUGGAGCUGCAGGAAAAGACCAAGUCUCCUCAUCCUUCAGUUCUUCCAGUUGGAAGAGAGUCAGCAGUAGUGAGUCAGACUAUUCUGAUGCUGAAGGAGGCAUGCAGAAUAAAGUGAGGUCUUACCAAGCCAAAGUUCGCCAAGGAGCAUUAGCCUGUUUUCUUUCUACUAUAAAAUCAAUAGAAAAAAAAGUUCUUUAUGGCUACUGGUCAGCCUUUGUUCCUGACACACCUGAGCUUGGAAGCCCACAGUCUGUGUCCUUGAUGACUCUUACUUUAAAAGAUCCUUCUCCAAAGACGCGUGCCUGUGCUCUGCAAGUUUUAUCUGCCAUCUUGGAAGGCUCAAAGCAGUUUCUUUCUGUUGCUGAAGAUACCAGUGACCACAGAAGGGCUUUCACUCCCUUUUCUGUCAUGAUCGCUUCUAGCAUUAAAGAGUUGCACAGAUGUCUUUUGUUAGCUUUGGUGGCUGAAUCAUCUUCACAGACCCUUACUCAGAUAAUUAAGUGCCUUGCAAACUUAGUAUCAAAUUCACCUUAUAACCGUCUGAAACUCAGCCUGCUGACCAAAGUCUGGAACCAGAUAAAGCCUUAUAUCCGCCACAAAGAUGUUAAUGUUCGUGUGUCAAGUCUCACACUAUUGGGGGCCAUAGUGUCCACUCACGCACCUUUACCUGAAGUCCAGCUACUUUUACAACAGCCCUGUUCUUCUGGACUCAGCAAUAGCAAUUCAGCCACUCCUCACGUCAGUCCUCCUGAUUGGUGGAAGAAAGCCCCUUCAGGACCCCCUCUGGAAGAAGCCGCAGUUAGCUCGCCAAAGGUGUCUUCAGAGCCCUGCUGGCUCAUUCGACUUUGCAUUUCCAUUGUUGUUCUGCCCAAGGAAGAUGCCUGUUCAGGUAGCGAUGCUGGCUCCACAGGAGGAAGCACCUAUGAGCCAUUCCCCUUGCGACUGGAGGCCUUACAGGUGUUGGCUCAUCUGGCAAGGGGCUACUUUUCAAUGACUCAGGUCUACUUGAUGGAGCUUGGAGAGGUGAUUUGCAAGUGCCUGGGGGAGGCAGAUCCGUCUGUCCAGCUUCAUGGAGCAAAGCUUCUGGAAGAACUGGGUACAGGCUUAAUACAACAGUAUAAACCAGAUUCUUCCAUAGCACCUGAUCAGAGAGUGCCAGUCACCUUGGUGGUGAUGUUCUGGACUGUGAUGCUGAACGGUCCUUUACCCAGAGCCCUGCAGAAUUCAGAGCAUCCGACUCUGCAGGCGAGCGCCUGUGAUGCCCUGUCUUCCAUCUUGCCGGAAGCCUUCAGCAAUCUGCUGAGUGACAGGCAGAUCCUGUGCAUCACCAUGCUGCUGGGGCUGAAUGACAGCAAGAACCGUUUAGUGAAAGCUGCGACCUCUCGGGCCCUUGGGGUCUACGUGCUUUUUCCUUGUCUCAGACAGGAUGUCAUAUUUGUUGCAGACACAGCAAAUGCAAUAUUGAUGUCACUUCAAGACAAGUCUCUUAAUGUCCGGGCCAAAGCAGCCUGGUCCCUAGGCAACCUGACAGACACUCUGAUUGUCAACAUGGAAACACCAGACCCAAGUUUCCAGGAAGAGUUCUCUGGCCUCCUGCUCUUGAAGAUGCUGCGAUCAGCUAUAGAGGCAUCCAAGGAUAAAGACAAGGUAAAAAGCAAUGCAGUCCGGGCCCUUGGAAAUUUGCUUCAUUUUCUGCAACCAUCUCAUAUAGAAAAACCCAGAUUUGCUGAAAUCAUUGAGGAGGCUAUCCAGGCCCUAAUUUCUACUGUUCUAAUUGAGGCUGCCAUGAAAGUCCGAUGGAAUGCUUGUUAUGCAAUAGGAAAUGUAUUUAAAAAUUCUGCUCUUCCCUUAGGAACAGCCCCGUGGACCUCCCAGGCCUACAACGCCCUGACAUCAGUUGUGACAUCAUGCAAGAACUUCAAAGUGCGCAUCAGAUCUGCCGCUGCCCUUUCCGUCCCGGGCAAGAGAGAGCACUAUGGGUCUGUUGACCAGUACGCUCAGAUCUGGAAUGCAUUGGUCACUGCCUUACAGAAGAGCGAAGACACCACAGACUUUUUGGAAUUCAAGUACUGUGCUAGCCUACGGACCCAAAUCUGCCAGGCACUGAUUCACCUCUUGAGCUUGGCCAGCACCUCAGACCUGUCCUGCAUCAAAGAAACCCUUGAACUGAAUGGGGACAUGGUCCAGUCCUAUAUCCUACAGUUUUUAAAAUCAGGAACAGAGAGAGAUGACACUGGAGCACCCCACAGCUCGCAGGAAAGAGACCAGAUGGUCAAAACAGCCCUGGAGCACAUAAGCAGUGUCCAGGCACUGGCUGGCGACACAGCCAAAAGGGCCAUCAUGGGCUUUUUAGAAGAUAUCCUGACCGUUUAUUUUGACUCAUCUGGAUCACAAGUAGCACUCUUAGGAUUAACAAAUCGGUGUCCAGGUUUCUGAAAACAGAUGUUAAUAUUCGUAUGCAGGGAAAAAGCAAGGUCCUAGCCCACCCUGUCUCUCCCACUGCAUGCAGCUGUAGUGCCUGGACUCAAUGCAUGGAGCAGCUAUCUUGGAAAGGAAAGAAUAACAGGAAGAUCAGGGAAGGAAAGGAGAACUCCGAGUACCACCAAACUGGCACUGCAGGACCAGAAACUAAAAUCAGAGACCAGUAAAGAAGAGAAGGGUCCUCCUGCAAGUGUUUCUCCUUGCUUCCUUUAAAUGUCAGUGACCUCACGUCUCCCUCUCCUGAUUGACACCCAGCUGUGGCCUUGCUUGGCUCAAGGAAGAAUCAUGGAUCUGUGAACUUCGGCAGAAGGGAGGGACGUAUUUGUCCUCAAGGCUGCCCCAUGUCCUGGGCAACCACUGGGGUGCUGGAAAACACAACUGCUCCUCUCCUGACGUCGUCUUGAAAUAGCCAGGGCAAUCUGGACCCUUCAACCACAGAAGUCAAUUGUAUACUGAAGCUGAAAUGCAAGCCACCCUGCUUCCCCCACUCAGUUUUGUGUUCUGUCCAUCCCCUUCCUCAUCGUAACGCUUACUAAGAACCUGGCCUCCUUUCCGCUCAUCGUAGGUGCCCAUGCGGACGAUCUGCAUUACUUAGUUUUCAUUGAUGUCAGCGGUGGUAAUGAUUAAGUGGAAACACCCCACCCCAUUCAAACGUCUCCCCCUUCCCUGCUGAUCCCCAUUGCGAGCGAAAGUGCAGCGUGCCUUCCAAUAUUCCUCCCAGAACUUGUGGCUGGAGUGCAAGUGAGGUGAAACAGUGGAAAGCAAAUCCUCUUGACUCCAGUCACACCACCACCUUCCAGCAGCUCCAAAUGUCAGCCUCCUCCCCAGGCGGAUGCAGCAGUCUUUGGAAAAACUCAAUGGAUAGUUCACUACCAAGUGGUACCAAACAAUAACUGAAGGUAUAAGCAAAGCAGAAGUAUAUGCGUAUAUAAAAGUGUACCAGGAUGCACGCUUCCGACGUGUUCUCUUUACGUAAAUUGUAACCGAGGCUAAAAAUUUUAAUAAAGCAGAAUUCUAGAAUCCUAACUAAUGUAGGAUCUAGGCGUGGGGGCAAUCAAGAGUGCUGUUACCCACUUUAAGAUCCCAGUGUUCUGGGUCGCCUUUGACAAGAGGACAGCGAAACAGUGAAGAAUGAUUGCCAAUUGUUGUUUCAAAAACAGAACAAUAAAAGGUCAUUACAAGAUGGUCCAUGAAGGACAAUUCACGGAAGACAUAAGCAGGAGCCACAGAGGGAAAAGGGCAAAGGGGAGCCUUCCAGAGGGCAGAACUGGGGAAGAUAUAUACUUGCUGCUGGAGCAGGUCGUCCAUGUAGUUUCUGGCAGAAUAUGACAUGUACUAUGUAUGGACAGAUGACCAUUGAGAGUUGUUUCCUGUUCUUUUCUUUUCCAAAUGAGAGUUUUUAACUGCAAUUACCCUGUCUCUCUCCAUUACAGUUUACUGAGUGCAUAACAGUGAUUAAAUUUACCAUUUAGCCUCACUGGACCACAUAUGACCGAAAGAGCUCCAUUACGAGGUUCUAUUCCAGAGAACCAGAUUGGAAGUUACUGGAAAGAGGACCUCCCUUCCUCUGGAUGGCAUCUUAAGAUGUCCCUGGAGGGUCUGCUGGAGAAGGAGGAAGAUGAAAUCAAGGAUGAGAAGUCCCUGACUGCCUGGAGCAAUGGAGAGGGAAGAUGAGGGUUGUCUCCACGCUUCUUCCAUUUCCUGAGCACCUAGUACAUGCCAGUCUUCCUGCUACAUGCAUACCUGCUUCUAGGGGAAGAUUUACAGGGAAGCUGAAGCUUUAAGGCCCUCCCUUGUGCAGACCCCUCUAAUGGCCCUGGGUAAUGGGUGCCAUCAAUUCACUACACAGGACACUUUGAAAUACCCUGAGCUCCUCUGUAGCAGAAACGUGAUAGAAGUUUUCCAGAUUUGACAACAACCCUGAAGAAGUGCCUGAUGUUACAAACAAUGAGUUGUGAAGCUGAAUAAUAAACUCUCAAUAAUAAAAACCAAAUUUAAAAAAAAAAAACAAAAAAAACCCCAAAUUUUAAUCAGCCAUGCUAAGGAAAGACUGAAUUAUCAUUGUCUUCUGACUAUAUAAAAUAUUACAAAAUCUUUGUCAUGCUGAGGAGUGAUCAAAAAAUGUGCAUUCAAAAUGUAGGAAAGACAGGGUUUUCUAAAAAAUUAAUUUUAUUGGAGUAUAAUUGCUUUACAGUGAUGUGUUAGUUUCUACUAUACAGCAAAGUGAAUCAGUUAUACAUAUACAUGUAUCCACUCUUUUUUUUUUUUAGAUUCUUUUCCCAUAUGGGCCAUGCAGAGUAUUGAGUAGAGUUCCCUGUGCUAUACAGUAGGUCCUCAAUAGUUAUCUAUUUUAUAUAUGGUGGUGUGUAUAUGUCAAUCCCAAUCUCCCAAUUUAUCCCUCGCCCCCUUUUCCCCUGGUAACCAUAAGUUUGUUUUUUACAUCUGUGACUCUAUUUCUGUUUUGUAAAUAAGUUCACUUAUACCCCUUUUUUUAGAUUCCACAUAUAAGCAAUAUCAUGAUAUUUGUCUUUCUGUGCCUGACUUACUUUACUCAGUAUGACAAUCUCUAAGUCCAUACACAUUGCUGCAAAUGGCAAUAUUUUGUUAUUUUUUAUUGCUGAGUAAUAUCCCAUUAU